AUGACCCUAGAUAACCUCACUAACCAAGAAGCAUCAGUACUGCGAAUAUUUAUCGUUCGACACGGUCAAACUGAUCACAACAGGCUCAAGAUCAUGCAAGGACAUUUGGACACGCAACUCAAUUCCGAAGGGAUUUAUCAAGCUCAAAAAGUUGGAAAAAGAUUAGCAUCUAUUCCGCUAGAUGGAAUUCUUUCAAGCGAUCUUAAGCGAUGCCUACAAACAACGCAAGAAAUCUUGCGGCUUCAAAAUAGCACAUGGGGGAACAUUCCAUCAACUAGUGCUUUAAGAGAAAGAAAUAUGGGAAAAGCAGAAGGGCUACCUUUAUCGGAAGCCUUAAAGCAGUUUGGUCCAAAAUUCCGUGAUCUAGGAGAGUCUAGAGAAAAGCUGCUUGAAAGACUUGUCGAGGAAUGGAAGCGUAUUCAAGAACUAGGAAUCUCCCGUGAUUACAAAAACUUUCUGAUAUGUACCCAUGGGGGAGUCAUUACCAACUUCAUCAACCAUCUUUACUCCGAUCUAGGCUACUGUCUAAACCCAAGCAUAAGAGAAGAACAGCUGAGGGUACCAUAUAACACAAGCAUUACAAUUAUAGAUGUAAAUAAAAUCACAAGACAAGGGACCAUACAGUUAUUUGGAGACACACUGCAUUUGGGUACCACCUUGAAAAUCGUGAAGGAUCAGGAUUUAAGGUAA